UUUAUCUUAGGUGGCUUGCGCAAUGGCGCGGUACUCCCUCCAUUCAUGUUGUUUGCUUCUUGCGUCUCAAAUCUGGCCACACUGAAUCACAGACAUAAUUAAUAGUGAGUGUCACGAUCGCUCGGAAUAAAUGGAAUAAACGUAGUGUUUACAAUCGAACAAAUUCUUUAACGAAGACUUCUUAUUUUUCUUUUAUUUAUGUGAAUCGACAUAAGUAACUCUUCUGCACGAUUCAGAUUAAAUAAGGCCGAUAAUGGUCUACUAUUUAAAUGACAUCCGUGUAGGCUAAAUCAUGGUCGUAUUACCAUGAUUUUCACGUUUUCACAUCACAUCUGUGUCGUAAUUCCAUUUCUGUGUACCUUUGAUGUAGUGCGAUAUUGUACUAAGUACAGAGAAACAUAAUUUAGACGGAAUUCGAUAUUUAGUUCUGUAACUUCUGACUUCGAGCUAUAAUGUAUGCAGUAUUCUAGAAUGAUGAAAGCUUCUAAGUAUCUAGAAAGCUUCUAAGAUUCUGCGGAAUCUUUUAUUUCUUAAAUAAAUACUGUUUACAAUGCAACACAAUGAAUACUCUUUCUGGACAGUUUCGCAAGACAAUGUGGGAUCCCAUUCUCAUAAUUUCUCAAAUAAUUGCUGUACAGACUGUUAUGUACUUCUGCCUUGGAUUAUUGAUUUGGAUCGUUGCGUCUAUACUCGGAUCAACAAAAUCACUGGAUUAUGCCUUUCAAUACAAAGAGAUACAUGUUCGUGACUUUGGAGGACGCUUGGUUAUUGUUAUGUUUAUUCUGAAUGCACUUGUGGGUGCAUUUGCAUUAUGGUGGCUAGUGCAAAGAACCAAACUUUGCAUGGAUUUUGCAUGUACAGCUCAUUGGAUUCAUUUGAUUUGUUGUUGGAUAUAUAAUGGAACUUAUCCAAUAUCUUUCAGCUGGUGGUGUUUAAAUCUUGUGUCGUUAAGUAUAAUGUGUGUCUGUGGAGAAUUUCUUUGUAUGAGAACAGAAUUACAAGCGAUACCUUUAAGUAUGAAUAGUCAGAAAACAGCUUUAUGAGAUAAAAUGCAGAUAAAAUUUGUGAAAUAGUAAAAGGAGCAAUGUAUAAAUGAAAUUUUGUUUAGUGAAUAUAUUCUUAUUAUCAA